AUGUCCGCGCAGAUCCCAAUUGCUGUUAGUCACCGCGUGAGCGAGCGGGCAAAGCAAAUUUUGGAUGUUGUAGCCAAGUUUGUUGAGGAAGAUUGCAUCCCUGCCGAUGCCGUCUAUGAAGCCCAGAUCGGUGCGGGGGAUGCCAGAUGGAAUUCCCACCCCCCAAUUCUGGAGGACCUCAAGAAGAAGGCUCGGUCGCUAGGCCUUUGGAACAUGUUCCUGCCCAAGGGCCACUACAAAGAGUCGCCGGGCUGGACCAACCUUGAGUAUGGCCUGAUGGCCGAGUGGCUAGGCAAGUCGAGGACCGCCUCGGAGGCCGUCAACUGUGCCGCCCCUGACACGGGCAACAUGGAGGUGCUGGCCAAGUACGGCAACGACGCGCAGAAGGCCAAAUGGUUGAAGCCAUUGAUGGACGGCGAAAUCCGUUCGGCCUUCUUGAUGACGGAACCCCAGGUCGCGUCUUCUGAUGCGCGCAACAUCGAGUUGAAGAUUGAGCGGGACGGUGACCAUUACGUGCUGAACGGCCAGAAAUGGUGGUCCAGCGGUGCUGGUGACCCGCGUUGCAAGGUCUACAUUGUCAUGGGCAAGAACGACGCCAACAACAAGGAUCCUUAUAGGCAGCAAUCCGUCAUCAUUGUGCCCGCAGGAACCGAGGGUAUCACCAUUCACCGCAUGCUCUCAGUCUACGGGUACGACGACGCUCCUCACGGCCACGGCCACAUCACCUUCAAGAAUGUGCGCGUGCCGGCCGCCAACCUCGUGCUCGGCGAGGGUCGUGGCUUCGAGAUCAUCCAGGGUCGUCUUGGCCCAGGCCGCAUCCACCACGCCAUGCGGACGAUUGGCGCGUCUGAGCGGGCUCUAGAAUGGAUGCUCAUGCGGAUCAACGACCCCAGGAAGACGACCUUCGGCAAGCAGCUGCGCGAGCACGGCGUCAUCCUGGAGUGGGUGGCCAAGUCCCGGAUCGAGAUUGACGCCGCGCGCCUUGUUGUGCUCAACGCUGCCAUCAAGAUGGACGACCACGGGCCCAAGGCCGCUCUCAAAGAAAUCGCCCAAGCGAAGGUCCUCAUCCCGCAGACGGCGCUGACCGUCAUUGACCGGGCUGUCCAGUCGUUUGGUGGCGCGGGCGUCAGCCAGGAUACGCCAUUGGCUAGCAUGUGGGCCGGCAUCAGGACGCUGAGGUUGGCGGACGGCCCCGACGAGGUUCACCUGCAGCAAAUGGGCAGGAAUGAAAACAAACGUGGCAAGGCCGUUGCCGAGAAGAUUGCCGCGCAGAAGGCCAAGUCCGAACAGCUGAUGAAGCAGUACGGUGUAACGAGGACCGAGAUCGGGUCCAACAUUAAGCGAUCGUCUUAG